UCAAAAGAGACGGAGCAAAGAUGGAUUCUUGAGAAAUUUUUCUAUGAAGCAGUCGCUCGAGUCUAGAUUCUCACCGUUAAAUUUCACCCAUUCAGUCGGAACGGAUUUUCUUUUAUGAGCACACCAACUCUGUGAACGAUGAUCGUGCAGGAGCCAGUGCAGGCAGCCAUAUGGCAUUGUUUAAAUCACUACGCCUAUCCAGAUGCGAUAUUUCUUGCAGAGAGACUUUGGGCUGAAGUGCAUACAGAAGAAACCUUGUUUCUUCUUGCUACCUGUUAUUACCGAUCAGGGCGGGUAAGACAAGCUCAUGCUCUACUUUCAAAGAAGUCACCCAGUUCGUCACAGUGCAGGUUCCUUCUAGCGAAAUGUUCUUAUGAUCUUGAAAAAUAUGCAGAGGCAGAGGCUGCUGUAACAGGGGGUUAUUAUAAACAAUUAAAAAGUUUAGAUGAGAUCGUAACACAGUUUGGUGACCAGGCCUGUUUUUCCCUUCAAAUAAUAGCUAAAAUUUACUACAAAAUGAUGAGAACAGCGAAAGGCAAUGAAGCACAUAAACUCGCCUUAAAAUUAAAUCCAUUUUUAUGGCAUUCGUUUGAAGAAUUGUGCAAUGUGGGCGAGAAGGUAGAUCCGAACAAAAUAUUUCAGUUGGAAAAGUUAGAUAGUUUUGCUAUGUGCCACGGAACUACGCCGAUUCUAAAUUAUGUUGCCGAACCAGAUCUGAUUGUCCCCAGUAAUGCUAAUCUUCCAACACCCAAUAAUAUUACACCUGGUCAGACAUCUAUGGUAAAUGGCGUACAAUCUAGUGUUCGGUUGCAUUCAACAAUUGAAGAGAGUCCAGUAACUCAAUCAAGUCAUCAUAAUUGCUCGAUGAUAUCGCCUAGGGGAAAGCCCCCUCGGUAUCGGAGUAUGUUUAGCAAUUCAAUGAGUCCUUUAACUCCAAGCUUUGGAAUUUUACCUCUCGAUUGCAACACACCAGAAUCUAAUGUAUUACCAUCUAACACAACACUUACCGAGACAAAUGAUCAAAAAAGUUUAGCUAAACGAGUAAGCAGUUUAAGAGCACAUGUUGGGCAAUUGAUGUCAAGAAAAGAGACUCCUCUACAACAAGGAAAACCAGUUUUCUCCCAAUCAGGAAAUACUAGUAAUACAGCUAACAUUGUUACCGUUACACCUACUACUCCAACGCCUGCAGCUCCAACGCUUCAAGGACCCAACGUCAGGAGAUCGUCCAGAUUAUUUAGCAACAGCUACUCUGUUAAAGAAAACAAUAAGUCGCCAAAUAGAAACAAAUUUGCAACACCUAAAUCACCAUCGCGGAAAACUAAAGCAAGAUUGUCGAAAAGCAACAUGAACAAGGCGAACUUUAAUGAACUCAACGAGCGCAAUAGGACAGAGAAAGAAAAGAGCGAGACAAUCACUUCGGAGAAAGUGAUCGCUAACACAAAUGCUCUAAAUCAAAGUAACGCAUCACAUUGUGCCUUGUUGCUUCAAAAACAAUGUGCCGAGGGCCUAAUGUCACUUUUGAGAGAAUUAGGCAUGGCGUAUCAGCAUCUAAGUCAGUUUAAUUGUAUGCAGGCUGUUGAGAUAUUAAAUGUACUGCCGUCACAGCAUUACAAUACAGGAUGGGUACUAUCGAUGUUGGCUCGGGCCCAUUUUGAGAUGAUAGAUUAUAAGAAAUCUGCCAGUUAUUUUGCCGAAGUUAGGCAAUUGGAGCCUCAGAGGACUGAACUGAUGGAAAUCUACAGUACGGUACUCUGGCAUUUACAUGCUGAAGUUCAGCUCUCCACCUUGGCGCAAGAGCUGGUCUCCGAAGAUCGUAAUUCUCCAGCUGCGUGGUGUGCUACGGGUAAUUUAUUCUCUGCGCAGACCGAGCACGAAAUCGCUAUUAAGUUCUUUCAAAGAGCCAUUCAGGUGGAUCCAAACUUCCCCUACGCGUAUACUCUACUUGGCCAUGAGUACGUCAUGACUGAAGAAUUAGACAAAGCUAUUACGGCUUUUCGAAAUGCUAUAAGACUUGAUCCUAGGCAUUAUAACGCAUGGUUCGGACUCGGUACAAUAUUCUCUAAACAAGAGCAGUAUAGUUUAGCAGAGUUACACUUCAAGAGAGCUUUGCAAAUUAAUCCGCAGAACUCUGCCAUCAUGUGUCAUAUUGGAGUGGUGCAGCAUGCCUUGAAAAAGACUGAUCAGGCUCUGAGGACCCUGAACGCGGCGAUCAACAAUGAUCCAGAUAACACGCUUUGCAAGUUCCAUCGAGCGAGCAUUAAUUUCUCAACUGGUCGAUAUGCCGAGGCACUCAAGGAAUUCGAAGAAUUGAAAAACAUUGUUCCCAAAGAGUCUCUAGUCUACUACUCGAUAGGAAAGGUUCAUAAGAAAUUAGGUAAUACGCAUCUCGCAUUGAUGUACUUUAGCUGGGCAACGGAUCUGGAUCCUAAGGGGGUCAAUAGUCAAGUCAAAGAGGCCAUCUUGAGUCCUGGUCAAGGCGAUGACGAGUCUCCUGCCGCGCAGACAGAUGAACCGAUACAAAACAGUUCGACCGAGCACGAAGGAGAUGGUAGCGCCGAAGUUAGUGGAGAGGGUAGCGGACUGCCCGGUAACGUUUCUGUGGAAUCUCACGCUGACGACAGUGACGACAGUUUAUGAAGAUCCGAAAAUUGAGCGCGCAAUCGCCGCUGAGCAAAGGAAAAUACUUACACACCUCAUUACGAGUAUUCGCCGUAAGAGUCAAGAAACACGCGCAGCACCUAUUAACGAGACGGUAACGUGUCCGCGUAGAACUUGAAAAAGAUCUUAUUAAAGGAUAUCGGUCUGAAGCGGUGGAUUCCGUUUAUUUGGAAAAGGAAUCCUCGGGAGGAUCAUCGAGAAAUAGAGAAAAUCGAAGGAUUUCUCUCGGCUUCGAAUCGUGCAGUAUAUCCCGGGGUCCAUUUACGUUUCGUCCGACAUUGGUCUGUCUCUACGACGGACAUUCAUUCUGCACCGUCAUAUCUCCCUCGAAUCGUUGCCACCGCGCGUUUGUGUAUAUUUUUUUACAAUUCUAUUUCCUUUUCGAUCCCUUCAUUCGUUCGAUUAUUUUCCUCUAACCGCCUAGUGAGUGUAAUCCGAGCGGAUGUAAUUCUAAUAAGGCGAGGCGUAAGCACCUAGGUAAUAAGUACACGAUAAAGAUUAAGGUAAACGCGAGACAAUGAGAUGUGGGGCGAAAGCUCGAGAGAAAGAGUGUGUAUAUCGUGUGUACGUGUAAAUUAUUAUGUUUAGCGAUCGCGGAGUGGUUUAUUAGUGGUCACAAGAUUGGCCACGAGGACGGCCGUGCAAUUUUCUCUGUCGAGGACGAAUACUCGUCGGUUCUCCGAUCUCGCAACGCACCGGCUCGAUCGCGUCCUGAUACGUCCAGGUACUUACACGCCUACUCGUGCAUGCGUGUAAAAAAAAAACAUUGUACAUUCAAGUUGUACGGACGGCUCGUUACUUUUAACGAAUUGGAGCUCCACGCCCGGUGCAGAUACGAGAUCGAAUGAAACUCUGGUGGUCGAGGGAGGGAAUUCUGUGAGGUAGUUUCGAAAUCUCGCCAGAGUCCGUGGGGUACUCGAAGUGCACUCGGAUGUCCGAAGUGGAGGGAUCUAGAUGCUAAGUAGCGUAACAACGAUACACUUCAUUGUUAUUAUCCGCCAUGCAGAUUCGGAUUACGCGUACCGCGAGCUCAUGCAUGCGAGUUCAAUAUUUUACAUGUAAUCCACGGUUAGGAGGAGUGGAAAGUUAAACGGACCUCUUCGAGUUAUUCCAACGCGAGCCUCGCAAAUUCGUAUCGCGUGCGUUCUUUCCUUAAGGCUGUGCUAUUUAAGAUUCGAAUACGUAUUCGACGCAUACUCCAGGGACGCUCGUUCGGUGUUCACUUUCGUUACGGCAGUAUUUUAAUUCUUUAGUUGGGCGCAGCCGGUAGGCAAGUAUUCGAAUAUUCGAUUUAAAUAUUCUAUAUAUACAUAGUAUAGAAGUAUCGGCUUUCUCCGAAUGCAUACGCUGAAUAUAUUCCAGUACUUGUGUACCUAGUGUAUGUACGGACGGUGCGUUCGAAUACCGACGUGGCGAAUAAGUAUACCGAUUAUGUAUUUAAAUCUAGAUGGCCACAGCUCGAUUAGUUAUCGUUUGGGGCCUCGGAAAAUGUCCAGAUUAAAUGACCCCUUUGUAAAUCUA